UAAUGGUGAAUAUUAAAAUGGUAAAAAAGUUGGAAGAUGAUCGAACAUUAAGGACAAAAAUAUAAUCACGUACAAAUUACUUAUUAUUCAUUUUUCAGAAGUAACGAAUUAUACGAUAAUUAUGGUACGAUAAUUGAGGCAUAGGAAAAUAUCUGAUAAGUUAAAAUAUACAUAUAUUAAAAAUGGUAUCAAAAAUUUUUAAAAGGUUUUUUGAUGGAAGUAGGAAGUUAUAACGAAGAAUGAGAAUUAUUUAAGUUAGA